AUGCCUAUGCUUUUAAAGAUAUGGAUGUGGCUAUGGAAGAAGGAUGUGGCUAUGGAAGAUAAGGAUGUGGCUAUGGAAGAUAAGAAUGUGGCUAUGGAAGACAUGGAUGUGGCUAUGGAAGAUAAGGAUGUGGCUAUGGAAGAUAAGGAUGUGGUUAUUGAAGAUAAGGAUGUGGCUAUGGAAGAUAAGGAUGUGGCUAUGGAAGAUAAGAAUGUGGCUAUGGAAGAUAAGGAUGUGGCUAUGGAAGAUAAGAAUGUGGCUAUGGAAGAUAAGGAUGUGGCUAUGGAAGAUAAGGAUGUGGCUAUGGAAGAUAAGGAUGUGGCUAUGGAAGAUAAGAAUGUGGCUAUGGAAGAUAAGGAUGUGGCUAUGGAAGACAUGAAUUAGGCUAUGGAAGAUAAGGAUGUGGCUAUGGAAGAUAAGGAUGUGGUUAUUGAAGAUAAGGAUGUGACUACUGAAGAUAAGGAUGUGGUUAUGGAAGAUAAGGAUGUGGCUAUGGAAGACAUGGAUGUGGCGAUGGAAGACAAGGAUGUGGCUUCGGAUCGCAAGCAUGUGACUAUGAAAGACUAUGAUUUCGCUAUGGAUGAUAUACGCUGGAGGUGGCUGCAUUGCAACAUAUUAUAA